AUGGAAGCCUCGUCUCGACUCAUGUCUAAAUCGUUCUACGAGCAACUUCGAUCCCGAGACGAUGACGUUGCCGACCUCGAAGACGGACGCAUGCGAGCGGUCGACGAAGAGAACCUUGCACAUGAAUUUAGAGAUAUACAAGUUGACGAUAUAAAUACUGGAGGCAACCAUAUAACCGUGGGAAGUGCUGUGGCUGGACGCGGUCUCAAGAAUACCCCCUCCUUCUCGAAGCGACAAUACGGCAAGCAACCAGCCACUGUCUGGGCAGCCGACGAUGACGACGUGGAUGAAGAUGUGCCAGCCUCCCUGCUAGUCGAGAAUAACGCCGAACCGGUACGACGGCUAGAUGCGAUGGCGGGAGCGACUGCCCACGGUGCGCCUGAGGCGACGACCUGGGAAGGUCUAUCGCCUGGGUCACACAAAGCCCAAUGGGAAACUGUUAAAAGGCAACAUCGAUUAUACCGAGACGACAACAAUACAAACUUUCAACCUCAUUCUAUGAUGACUGGUACCCGGCUUGGAGGCAGGCGAGAGCGCGCUCUUUGGAGAUGGGUCAAUACGUCCAACUUGGACAGCUUCAUGAGAGAUGUCUAUGACUACUACGAAGGGGGAGGCAUGUGGUGUAUUCUUUGCGCGAAUGCACUUUGGCUUCUGGAAACACUCUUUGUCACUGUUCUGCUUACGUUUCUCACCCAAUGUGUUGACUAUGGCAAAAUACCACAGAGCAAAUCCCUGGAACAGGUCAUCGUCCCGCAAUGCACUCGAAGAAUGUCAGGUUUUUGGAACCUCGGAAUAUGGCUUUACUCUUUCUUCUUCAUUUGGAAAUCGGUUCAGUAUUUCUUCGAGAUACGCCGCCUAAUCCAUAUAAGGGAGUUUUAUAUCUGUCUAUUGGAGAUCCCAGAACAAGACAUGCAGACUGUGUCUUGGCAAGAUAUAGUUGCGAGGAUCAUGGCUCUACGGGACCAAAACCCCAAAACAGCAACAAAUAUACCGGCGCGGCUGCGUCGCUUUAUCGGUAGCCAGUCAAAGGAGAGACUAGACGCUCAUGAUAUUGCGAACAGACUCAUGCGGAAAGAGAAUUAUCUCAUUGCCAUGAUAAACAAAGAUGUGCUGAACCUCUCACUGCCGAUCCCCUUUCUUCAAGGGAGACAGCUCUUCUCCAAAACGAUGGAGUGGUACCUUCACUAUGGUAUCCUUGACAUGGCUUUCAAUGAACUCGGCCAGGUUCAGCAAGACUUUUUGCGAGCCGACCGCCGAAGAGUCUUGAGUGAAAAAUUGCGACAGAGGCUUUUUUUCGCAGGAAUCUUGAAUCUUGUAUUUGCCCCAGUUGUGCUUGCAUAUGUCAUUAUUGUCUACUUUUUCACCUACUACAAUGAAUAUCAAAAAGACCCUAAAUUAGCAGCGGCGAGGAAGUAUACUGCCCUUGCAGAGUGGAAGUUUCGUGAAUUCAACGAGCUACCGCACAUCUUUUAUGAAAGGCUGCAUAUGUCUUUCCCAUUUGCCACGCGAUAUGUGGACCAGUUUCCGAAAAGGAUGACUGAGGAUAUAGCCAGAAGUGUGGCAUUCAUGACAGGCGCUAUCACCGCUGUGUUAGCAGUGUGCACGGUGCUCGAUUCUGAAUUGUUUCUGGGAUUUGAAAUAACCAAGGAUAGAACUGUUCUGUUCUAUCUGGGCAUCUUCGGAGCCAUGUGGGCUAUGACUCGAGGCAUGGUAUCGGAGGAGACGGCGGUCUUUAACCCCGAAUAUGCCCUGCGCAACGUCAUCGACUAUACACACUAUAUGCCGGAUCAUUGGCAAGGUAGGCUGCAUAGCUUCGAGGUGAAGAAAGAAUUCGCCGAGCUUUAUAAAAUGAAGGUGGUGAUUUUCCUCGAGGAAGUCAUGGGAAUCAUAACGACCCCGAUGCUCCUACUAUUCGCACUUCCGAAAUGCAGUGACCAGAUUAUCGACUUCUUCCGGGAAUUUACUGUUCAUGUCGAUGGACUAGGAUACGUCUGCUCUUUUGCCGUGUUUGAUUUCAAGAGGGGAAUGGGUAACGGCGGCACCCGAGGCGCUGCACCCGACGUCCGGGAGGAUUAUUACACUACGAAGCAUGGAAAAAUGGCGGCGUCGUAUUAUGGCUUCUUGGAUAACUAUGUUAUCAACCCAAGAACAGGUAUUCCCGGUCAUCUCCCCCCCGGGACAAGGCACCAGUUCCACCCGCCUCCUGUGUUUCCAAGCCUGAAUUCGCCGACCCUAGCGGCAGACUUGCAUACGUCCCAAGUUGGGCGACCCGAUGGGCGACGUGAAUUUCUUCAUUCGCCUAGCGACAGAGCAACGUUCAAAGGCCCAGCGGGAAUAGCACAGCCGUCUCCCAUGGCAUCAAUGCUCUUGGAUCCACGCCACCAUCCCCCAAGCGGUGCGCGUGGUGGCAAAGGACUGUCAAAGUCCCGUGUGGCAUGGAAUUUGAGAGAGAGUAGGAUUGCCGAAGAGCCCGGGCAGACUCUGCCGAGAAAAGUGCAUUCUAAAACGGAUGACGAGUUUGAGGAUGACGCUGACGCUGACGAUGGCGAUGGCAUCUUGGGCGAAUCUGUUUGGGAGACAUCACCGGCCAAAGGCUUGAGCCGCGAAAAUAGUGCGGCAAAUACCGCCGAGCCCGAUGCAGGCGUUCUAGGCCUGAUAUAUCAACUGCGGCAGACGCAGCAUGGUCGUCGCGGGAGCAGCAUGGUUUAA